CCUGUUCACAAAUAAAUGCAUCGUUUUAUCUUAUCUGCUUUCUAAAAAUUCACGUUUGGCUGCGGUUGGAUGUUUUUCGGCCAUACCAACAACAUUUUUAAUCGUUGGAAGUGUCAGUAAACACUCAACCUCGGUGCAAACUGGUCAAGUCAUAAAUUUGAUUUAAAAUGAAGAAGUUUCCGGAUAAUUUUAAGUUUGGUGUUGCUACAUCCGCGUAUCAAAUAGAAGGUGCAUGGAAUGAAGAUGGUAAAGGUGAAUCAGUCUGGGACAAUCAAUGCCACACUUUUCCUGAAAAAAUCGCUGAUAGAACCAAUGGCGACAUCGCUUGUGACUCCUAUCACAAAAUGGACGAAGAUAUUCUUAACCUAAAACGCCUCGGUGUGCAUUUCUAUAGAUUUUCCAUCGCGUGGACACGGAUUUAUCCAACCGGGUUGCCAAAUGUUAUCAAUCAGAAAGGUAUAGACUAUUAUAACUUGUUGAUUGAUAAAUUGAUCGCGAAUAAUAUCGAACCAUUGGUCACGAUUUAUCAUUGGGACCUACCUCAGAAACUGCAAGAGAUUGGAGGAUGGACCAAUCCUAUAAUGGCGGAUUAUUUCGUGAGUUACGCACGGAUUUGCUUCAAAUCUUUCGGAGAUAGAGUUAAAAAAUGGAUCACCAUUAACGAACCUUAUCAGAUUAGUGAAUAUGGUUAUAGUUAUCCAUUAUUUGCACCGUUUUAUAAGUUUACCGGUAUAGGGUGUUAUUUAGCUGGACAUAAUGUGUUGUUGGCACAUGGAAAAGCAUACCGGAUGUAUGAAAAAGAGUUUAAAAGUAAACAAGGUGGAAAGGUAGGGAUUGUUAAUGAAGUUGCAUGGACCCAGACGGAGACUGGUAAAAAAGAAGAUGAAGAAGCUGCGAUAAGAUACAGGCAGAUGUAUUUUGGUUGGUUUGUUCAUCCUAUCUUCAGCAAAGCCGGAGAUUACCCUCCGAUAAUGCGUGAACGUAUUGAUAGGUUAAGUAAAGAACAAGGUUUUGAUUAUUCACGUCUCCCAAAGUUUACACCGGAAGAAGUGGAGAUGCUACAUGGAUCUUCUGACUUUUUGGGUUUCAAUCAUUAUAAUACCUACUUAGUAAAAUCUGAACCGUAUGGUCAGAGACCUUCGGUUCAACAUGACCGCGGUGUUAAGAAUUACGUUGACGAGUCGUGGAUACCAACUUCCGCUUAUGAUUUCCGUGUUACUCCUUGGGGAUUAAAAAAUGUACUUAAAUGGAUUAAAGAAGAAUAUGGUAAUCCGGAAGUGAUGGUUUUGGAAAACGGAUAUGCUGGUUUCGCUAAUGAUCCUAUAGAAGAUUUUGCUCGGAUUGAUUUUAUGAAAGGUUAUAUUGGAGCUGUGCUUGACGCCAUCUUGGAAGGAUGUAAUGUAACUGCAUAUACUGUAUGGUCUUUCAUGGAUAAUUUUGAGUGGAGUUCUGGUUAUUCGUGUCGUUUUGGAUUGUUUCAUGUUGAUUUCAAUGAUCCGAAAAGAAAGCGUACGCCAAAACGGUCAGCGUAUUACUAUCAGAAUUUGAUUAAAACUAAAAUGGUUACGGAUAUCAAACCGGAAAGUUUUGAUCAUAACCUUUAAAUUUAAAUUUUGCUAGACUAACUUAAAUAUAGUAUUUCUUUAGUUUAGUUUGCUUUCUAGUAAUUACACAACAAAAAACAAUA